AUGGCAUCAGAUAAGACAGAGUGCAAUCCAGAGUGCAAUCAGUUCGGGAGAUUCUGGAGUGCAGUACUCGGAGCGACCGUUACAAUUAUUCUAUGGAAAGCCGUGGAGAAAUGCUACAAUUACUUUCAACGGAAUACCACAAUAUUUAACGCAAGAACCGCUGGCGGUGAUGAUAUUCGUGCACUGGAUGACCCAGACAAUACUCCUCAUCUCCCAGUUCACAGUACACCUGUGACAUCGCCGGGGUAUGCUAUUUCAGAUAUGGAUCGAGAUAUCAAGAAGGGGUUGGCAUAUAAGGAGGAUCUACACAGCACUGGAGCGACAAGACCAUGA